GUAGUCUGAGCUCAGACUCGACCAUUAAAAAAGUAAAAGCUGAGCACCAUUUUCAUUGAAUUCGGAAGCCUUUCGUGUUCCCCACAACACCACCCUCAUUAAAACCCACCUGGGUUUCUUCUCUACUGCUCCUUUCGCCUUUCUCUUCAGCAAUUGGAAAGUGGGUUUUCUGAUUCUCUCUUGUUGAGCUCUUUAAGACUCAUCCUUCCGAACAACUUCAUUUAUGCUAUCUUUUCUACUUUAUCUGUCUGAGUUUUUGUAUAUAUUCAAGAUCUAAGCAAACCCAUUUGUUUGUAUUUUCCUUAAAUCAUCUUGUCAUGGAUCUUGUAAGCAAAAGCUACACGAUCCAUGACUCACAAGCUCUUUCUCCAAUCACAAGUUCCGGAAGCUCUAUCCUUCGGCCUACCAUGCAUUCCUCGGACACCAGUUUCCCCAUUAUAGCCAUUGCCGUGAUAGGAAUCCUGGCCACAGCUUUCUUGCUUGUUGGCUACUACGUCUUUGUCAUCAAAUGCUGCCUCAGCUGGCAUCGUAUUGAUCUUCUGCGACGGUUUUCGCUCUCGAGACGCCGGGAAGAGCCUCUGAUUGUCUACUCCCCGGGGAUAGAGACUCGAGGGCUCGACGAGUCUGUGAUCCGAUCAAUCCCAAUAAUGCAGUUCAAGAAAGAAGGCAACAGAGACUUCGGCGAAAGAAGCUUUUGCGAAUGUGCCGUUUGCUUGAACGAAUUUCAAGAGGACGAGAAGCUGAGAAUAAUACCAAGCUGUAGCCAUGUAUUUCACAUCGAUUGCAUCGACGUUUGGCUUCAAAGCAAUGCUAAUUGCCCGCUUUGUAGAACAAGCAUUUCUGCCAUUUCCCGGUUCCAAACUGAUCUGGUAUUUGCUCCGAGCUCUACCCCUGAAGAUCCGACACCGUAUACGGAUAAUCUCAUUGGCGGCGAUGACGACUUCGUGGUGAUUGAAUUGGGUAACGAUUAUUCUCCCAAUCAAACAUUGCUUGGAUUAACCCAACAAAGAUCAGUGAAUUCAAGAGAAACAUCGACGAUUUCCAUUAGUCCUUCGCCGAGGAAGUUUGAGCAGAAGAAGUCAAGGAAGUUUGAUAAGGUUACAAGCAUGGGUGACGAAUGCAUUGAUACUAGAGGCAAAGAUGAUCUUUUUGCCAUCCAACCCAUCAGGAGGUCUUUCUCGAUGGACUCAUCCACGGACCGGCAGCUCUACUUAGCCAUUCAAGAGGUUUUAAGGCAAAACAGGCAAGUCAAUGACAAUGAGGUCAGCCCCAUUGAAGGCUGCAGUAGUAGAGUGCGAAGAUCAUUUUUCUCUUUUGGCCAUGGUAGUAGAUCCAGAAGUUCCAUUCUACCAGUUUCUUUGCAGCCAUAGAACGUACCUCUUUGCUUUUUGUUUUUUGUUUCUUUUGGCAUUUCGUUAGUGUAUUUUUUUUUUUUUUUUUUUUUUGUGAUUUAAUUUAGAGAUUUCGGAUGUAUUAUUGAGAGGAUAUAGUAUUUUUUUUCUUUAAAAAUUAGAAACAUAUUCAACGGAAAUUUGAAAGAAA